CAGCACCAAGGACAGCAGCCGCUCAGCCCGGAGGAGCAUCAGUCUGACCGGCGUCAGUCCGCACACAGAGCACCGAGCAGCGGCCGGAGGCAGCCACGCAUCACCCGGAGAGGGACAGAGAGCCUGAGAGCCCGGACUAUGGUUUAAACCCCCACCCCACCCCCUCCCUCCCCCCUUAAACAACCGCAGGGGCGUCUGAGGAAACCUGCAGUGCAAAGCAAAAAUGCGGUCUGGACAUCCCGGGUUAACAGCCUGCCCCUAAUAUGAUGCACAUUCCUCCGCAUUGCACAUAAUUCCGCCUAUUUUUUCAGCCCUCUUCUUCCUUUUUUGGCCGCCCUCCCCCGCUCACACCGCCCACCUGGAUCUCGUCCGCAUUCGAGCUGUGCCGCGCUGCUGUCCAGAAGCUGGUCGAGCCGACCCGCCACCAGGGAGAAAAGCGACCGGGCUGCACUGUGCUGUUUGGUGGUCCACACGAUGCGUCUGUUUCUGCUGGCGGUGCUCUUCUCGUGCUCCUGCGCGCGGGCCGGCUGCGAGCCCAAGAUCGUUAACAUCGGUGCCGUCCUGAGCCAGAAAAGAUACGAGCAGGUCUUCAAAGAUGCCGUGACCCAGGCCAACCAGGUCUACGGCAGGGACAAAUUCAAGCUGACCGCUAUCUCCGUUACGCACAAACCCAACGCCAUCCAGAUGGCUCUGUCCGUGUGCGAGGACCUCAUCUCCAGUCAGGUUUAUGCCAUCCUGGUGAGUCACCCUCCCCAGUCCAAUGACCACCUCACCCCAACACCUGUCUCCUACACUGCAGGCUUCUAUCGCAUCCCUGUGGUGGGACUCACCACCCGCAUGUCCAUCUACUCCGACAAGAGUAUCCAUCUGUCCUUUUUGCGGACAGUCCCCCCAUAUUCUCACCAGGCCCAUGUGUGGUUCGACCUGAUGCGCGAAUUCAACUGGAACCACAUCAUCCUGAUCGUGAGCGACGACCACGAGGGACGGGCUGCUCAAAAACGACUGGAGACCCUUUUAGAGGAGAGAGAAACAAAGAAUAAAAAAAGGAACUAUGAAAACCUCGACCAACUGUCCUAUGACAACAAGCGAGGACCUAAGGCAGAGAAAGUCCUCCAGUUCAGCCAGGAGACUAACUUAACUGCCCUGCUGCUGGAGGCCAAAGACCUGGAGGCCAGAGUCAUCAUCCUGUCUGCCAGUGAGGAAGAUGCUGCUGCCGUGUACAAAGCCGCCCGCUUCCUCAACAUGACGGGAUCGGGAUAUGUGUGGCUGGUGGGCGAGCGCGAGAUGUCGGGUAAAGCCCUGAGUGAGGCUCCAGACGGUCUGAUUGGCCUCCAGCUCAUCAAUGGGAAGAAUGAGUCAGCCCACAUCAAUGAUGCGGUGGCUGUGGUGGCUCAGUCCAUCCAAGAACUGUUUGAGAAGGAGAACAUCACAGAACCGCCGAGAGGAUGCGUGGGCAACACCAACAUCUGGAAAACAGGGCCCCUCUUUAAACGGGUCCUGAUGUCCUCUAAAUACCCAGAAGGCCUCACAGGACGCGUGGAGUUUAAUGACGAUGGAGACAGAAAAUACGCCCACUACAGUAUUCUCAACUACCAGAAGAGUCGACUCAUUCAAGUUGGGAUUUACAACGGAACACAGGUGGUAAUGAACAAUCAGCGGAAGAUCAUCUGGCCUGGAGGAGAGACUGAGAAACCACAGGGCUUCCAGAUGUCCACUCGAUUAAAGAUAGUGACGAUACACCAGGAGCCAUUUGUGUAUGUGAAACCUACUAUGCCUGAUGGAACAUGCAAGGAGGAAAUGACAUUAAAUGGAGACUUAAUUAAAAAGGUUAUCUGCACUGGGCCCAAUGAGACCAUCCCAGGUAACACAUCAGGACGCCCAAUUGUACCUCAGUGUUGUUACGGAUUUUGUAUUGAUCUCCUGAUCAAGUUGGCUAUGACCAUGAAUUUCACCUAUGAGGUGCAUCUGGUGGCUGAUGGGAAAUUUGGAACUCAAGAGCGGGUGAACAACAGUAACAAAAAGGAGUGGAAUGGCAUGAUGGGAGAGCUCCUGGGAGGACUGGCUGACAUGAUUGUAGCCCCGCUGACUAUAAACAACGAACGAGCCCAGUACAUCGAGUUCUCGAAACCCUUUAAAUAUCAAGGCCUCACCAUCCUGGUUAAAAAAGAAAUCCCUCGCAGUACACUGGACUCGUUCAUGCAGCCGUUCCAAAGCACUCUGUGGCUGUUGGUGGGUCUUUCGGUACAUGUGGUGGCGGUGAUGCUUUACCUACUAGACCGGUUCAGCCCAUUUGGAAGAUUUAAAGUAAAUAGUGAAGAAGAAGAAGAAGAUGCCCUCACCUUGUCAUCUGCUAUGUGGUUCUCCUGGGGAGUGUUGCUGAACUCUGGUAUUGGAGAAGGUGCACCACGAAGCUUCUCAGCGAGAAUCCUUGGUAUGGUGUGGGCCGGCUUUGCUAUGAUUAUCGUAGCCUCUUACACUGCCAACCUGGCUGCCUUCCUGGUGUUGGACCGGCCUGAGGAGCGCAUCACCGGCAUCAAUGAUCCACGGCUGAGGAACCCAUCAGACAAGUUCAUCUAUGCCACGGUGAAGCAGAGCUCCGUGGACAUCUACUUCCGGCGGCAGGUGGAGCUUAGCACCAUGUACCGCCACAUGGAGAAGCACAACUAUGAGAGUGCCGCCGAGGCCAUCCAGGCCGUGCGUGACAACAAGCUGCAUGCUUUCAUCUGGGACUCUGCGGUGCUGGAGUUUGAAGCCUCGCAGAAGUGCGACCUGGUGACCACGGGAGAGCUGUUUUUCCGUUCGGGCUUUGGCAUUGGCAUGCGCAAGGACAGCCCCUGGAAACAGAAUGUGUCCCUGGCCAUUCUCAGUUCUCAUGAGAACGGCUUCAUGGAAGACCUAGAUAAAACCUGGGUGAGAUACCAGGAGUGUGACUCAAGGAGCAAUGCCCCAGCCACACUCACCUUUGAGAACAUGGCAGGGGUCUUCAUGCUGGUUGCUGGCGGCAUUGCAGCAGGAAUCUUCCUCAUCUUCAUCGAAAUCGCCUACAAGCGCCAUAAAGACGCCCGCAGGAAGCAGAUGCAGCUGGCCUUUGCGGCCGUCAAUGUUUGGAGGAAGAACCUGCAGCCCUCUUCCUCUCUAGAGACUCAGGAUGAUAGGAAAAGUGGUAGAGCAGAGCCCGACCCCAAAAAGAAAGCCUCUUUUAGGUCCAUCAGUACCACCCUGGCCUCCAGCAUCAAGAGACGUAGGUCCUCCAAAGACACGCAGUAUCCACCUACCGACAUCACGGGCCAACUCAACCUGUCGGACCCGUCUGUCAGCACCGUGGUGUGAAGACGGAGAGGGAGAGGUCCGCCGCCAUGGGGAGAGAGGAAAUGACACGAGGACGGAGGAGAGGAGAGCAGAGGAUGAUGGGAAUGUGAAGGCCCCUUCUUCUUCUUCUCAUUCGUUUUUCGCUGUCUGAGCCGAGGUUUUGGUUUCACCGGCUGAUGAUGGAGCUUUGAGGGAAAAAAAAAACAACAAAAAAAAAAACUGCCUGCUGAAGAAACACUGAACCUGCACCUUUUACAAGUCAGGACAACCUGGCCUUAGAUGUUUGUAGGGGUCCCUGAGCAUGCACAGAAGAACCCAUUGAUCUUUUCCUUCUGUAUAUUAUUAGCUAACCUUUUGUCACACUAAUUUACUCACUGUUUGAUGUAGUUUUAACUUUCUGACCAGUUGUACAGCUUUAGCGAGCCAAGUUUAAUUUAGUCAAGUUCAUAGAGUUUUGGUGCAAUACUGUACUCAACAUAUCACUUCAAGUUAGACACCAUAGUACUAUCUAUUGUUUCUUAACAUAUACUGCAAUACAGCUUCAGUGGAUUUCAAUUUAAGUCAUUUGAAUAGAAUGUAUUUGUGUUUUUAUCUCACUUUUUUAGCUUAGAUAGGAGGGUUUUUUAGAGAUUUAAUCUGAGAACACUACUAACGGCACUAAUAUGACUAACUCUGUCAACUAGUGGAAAUGACGGAAGCAUGUGUGUGCUUGUAUUUGCAUAAGAGCUUUAUGUAGUUGAAUGAUAAUACUGGAAAUGUGGAAUCUGAAGGCUUUUAUUCCAGACUCUGCAGUUUUAUCCCCCUUUAAUUUUCUACUAAUCUUCUAAAAUGCAUGUUGUUUUUGUUGAGACUUCAAAGCAGGUGUACAUAUGAACCUCUGGAUUAAUUUUGCAGGCUUGUGUUAAACGUUUGUGAAACUCAGCCGUGUUGCAUUUGGGGAUGCCCUCGCUCUUCCUCUCUCCCGCUGCAGCAGUCUUUCUCAUUUCCAGUCUCCGAGGGGUUGCAUCAAAGGGCCAGGUUUUUCACCCAACCAGCACUCGGUCUUUCAUGCAAAACCUCCUUCCUGCUCCGUUCAGGAAGGAGAACUUUUACACGGAGGAAGCCGAGUGAGUUGAGAGCUCAGUUUGCGAGCUUGUUUACAGGUUUGGUUAGAUGCAAAAACAGGCCGUUUCCCAUUUUCUGGAGCUGAGAAACCACUGCUAUUCGGUUGUUUGUUUGUUUGAAAGACUAUUGUAGACUUCCUGGUGUCUGGCACUGCAUAGCACUUUAUGCUGAGGGGUUUCCCAAACUGUAAAAAAAAUAAAUAAAUAGUAAUAAUAAAUACACUUCACCAUCAAACUAGAGCUAAGGAGACCCAUGUAACAUCUCAACAAACUGUUUUUUUUUUUAUUUUUUUUUUAUUUGUUUGUUUGUUUUUACCAAUUUACAAAAUGUUCACAUUCACACACAAAGCGCUGAGACAGAGUUUAGUUUCAAUCCUGAACUGACAGUUUUCUUCUGAUCACAUUCUUCUUUUUUCCUUUGCAUGCUUACAUGUUCCUACCAGUGCUUUAGUUUGUUUUUGGAUGCGCAUCAUUGCCAUGUACAGUAAUAGGAGACCAGAGGAGCACUUACUGCAAUGGAAUGAAAUGUAAAUAAGAGUGGUUCAGUGUAGACGAUGCUGAGGGGAUUGUACUGCACUUGUAUUACGACUGCAGCUGAGUCUUUACUAUAGCCACAAACACACAACUGAGUUGUGAUACAGAGACAUGCAUGAACACACACACACACACACACACACACUAACCUCAUAUGGGAGGAAUCACUCAUUUUUCUUACCUUUUCCUAGUAAAGACCUUGCAUUGAGACAUUUUGUUAAUACAAUUGUAAAUAAAAUAUACUUACAUAUGGACAAAUCUGA